AUUUUAGUUCAGACCAAAGUCCAUGGAGAAAAUCACCUGGUUCAUUUAAAAGUCUUCGAGGCGCCAUUUUGGAAGAAAGUUUGGGGUUUGUUGACCUGAGGAGGAGGAGCAGGAGGAGGCGGGGGAAGACGACGAACUGUAGGAAGAGGAGGAGCAGGAGUGUUUUACUCUGGGUGAACUCUGACACGAAUACAGCAGGAACCUGACCGGAACCGUGCAGGAAAAAGUCCUGCCACGGCUCAGCUCGCCUUGGUUCGGUUGUGCUCGCCCGGUCGAGUCUCCGAACUUGUUCCCAGCUUGAGCAGCAGAGGAGCCGACACUCCUUACCCCCCAGUGCAGGAUUGGAACGGUGUCCCGGACUCUAGCUUCUCCUCCCGGGACGUUAAAGUGUGUGCAGCUCUGACCAACCCACGGAUCAGGACCUAACAGGGUCUUGUCUUCCAGCCCGGACCGCUGUUUUUGGACUUUGGUGUUUUGUUUUGGUGGCGGGUUCCCCGGAGACUCGGAGGGUUAUUUUCGGCGGACGCGUCGUUUUUUUCCCCUGACACAGAGUUUGUUUGUCAGAGGGAACUUACUGUCGUCGUGGAACCCGUGUUCAGAGCUUUAACAGCGGGUUCCUGUGUGGAGCUCAGUCCAGAGUCGGAGCCGAGAGCUGCCGAGGCGAGGCCGAACCACAGCCGAAGUAGAGCCGACGAUGCCCGUCCGGAGAAAAGAUGCUCAGCGAGCCUUGCUCCUCCUGGAGGAGUACAGGACCAGGUUGAACCAGACUGAAGACCGUCAGCUGCGACACUCGAUCCAGAAGGUCAUCGACAUCUUCCAGAGCAGCCUGUUCCAGGCUCUCGUAGAUAUCCAGGAGUUUUAUGAAGUCACCCUAUUGGACGGUCAGACGUGGGCGGAGCCUGCCGUCGAGGCGGAGCCUCCGUUGCAGGUCAACCUUUGGGAUUUGUCCGGCUUCCAGAGUCCCACGUCGGAGACUGCACCCAGCCUGAGCCCCAGCCCUGAGCAGAAGUACCGGCACCAGGACGAGGACUCGUCUCCUCGGGAACAGACGGAGGAGACGGGAGGAGCAGAACUGGUCACAGUCUCAGAGAAGAACCUGUCCCAGGUGGAGAACGUGCACGGACUGGUCAGCCACGCCCACGUCUCGCCCAUGCAGGUUCUGUCUGUGGACCGUGUCCUGGACGGUUCUGAGGCCUCAGGUUUGGCCACUCCCACUUUCUCCUCCUCCACCCUCCACCCCAACGGAGAGGAGCUUCCCGUCCCCUCCUGCUCCUCCACCCCCUCCCUGACAGGACAGGCCAAUCCUCCUCCUGUGGUGAUCAACUCUGACAGCCUGGACACGCCCACAUACGUGAGCUGCAGGCCCAAGACCUGCUGCAACAUUUACAUUGUACACACUUGUUACUAA